AUGUUAAAAGCUGCUCCUAGUUUAUUCCAAGAUUUUAAUAAUAAAGAUAAGAUACUUCAGAGAAUUCAAGAAUUACAACUAAGUAGAAAUACAAUUAAAGAAAGAAUUUUAAAAAUGACCGUCAAUAUUUCUGAUCAACUUCAGUCUGAUAUUAAUAGUUGUGAUUUCUUCUCGAUUUGUUUGGACGAAACAACAGAUAUAAAGUCAUCUGCUAGAUUAGCAAUUUUCGCACGUUUUUCAAACGGGAAUGAAAUGCGUGAGGAACUUUUAAAAUUAGCUAAUAUACCAGAAAGAACAAGAGCACCCAAUAUGACUGGAGCAUCAAUAGGUUUUGUUAAGUUAUUUGAAAAGCAUGUUGGACAUCCAAUAAUUGGAUUUCACUGCAUCAUACACCAGCAAAUGUUGUGUUCCAAAGUCGGCACAAGUGAUUUAAAAGAAUUGUCAGAACAAGUUAAUAAAAUUAUUAAUUUUAUAGUUGCUCGUGAUAUGCAUAAAAGACAAUUUAAAAAAAUAUUAAAUGAUGUUAACUGUGAAUAUGAUACUCUUUUAUUGUGCAAUAAUGUACGCUGGCUAAGCCGGGCUACAUCAUUAGAACGAUUUGUAAAUUGUUUGGACGAAAUUCGCCUAUUUUUACAUGAUAAUAAGACUGAAUUUAAAGAACUUUAUAAUACAGAGUGGCUUGUAAAAUUGAUGUUUUUCACAGAUCUAACAUUACAUUUGAACACUUUGAAUAAAAAGUUACAAGGACGCGGAAAAACAAUUGAAGUCAUGUUUGGAUUAAUAAAAGGUUUUGAAAUGAAAAUAGAUAUGUUUAUUAACGAUGUCAAACCUGGAAAAUUUCUAUACUUUCCAAAAGUGAAAAAAAUGUUAGGUGAAGUGGACAUUUUUGAACAAAGCAAUUGGGAUUUUACCAAUGAAUUUUCAAAUAUUGUUGGUUUGAUUAAAAUACAGUUUUCACAAAGGUUUCAUGAUUUUAAGAAAAUUGAAAAAUUAAUAAAAAUUAUUAAUUAUCCCGAUUUAUUCGAUGUGCAAGAUUUUAAUGAAUACUAUCUUAAUUGGAUGGAAUUAGAAAAUUUAGAAAUGCAGUUAAUCGAUUUGCAAACUAAUCCAAUUUGGACAAAUAAAUUUGUGAAUAUGCGAAAGCGUAUCGAAGAAUUGGAACGUCAUCGAAUACACAACGAAGAAACAGAUUGCGGCGUUGACAACAUAAUAUUAGAAGUAUGGAAUAAUAUUCCAGAAAAUUUUUCUUCUGUCAAAAAAUUAGCAAUUUCAUUGUUAACAAUUUUUUCUUCAACAUAUGCUUGCAAAAGUCUAUUUUCAGUAUUAAAUCAUACACAUUCAAAGGCUAGGAACAGAUUAACGGAGGAAGAUUCGGCAGCAUGUAUUACCUUGCAAUCAACAUCAUAUCAACCAGAUAUAAAAAACCUUUCAACCAAUAUGAAGCAAAAGAUUUCUAACAAACAAUAA